GAGCGUACCGAGAGCAAACGGAGCAAACACACUACAUUGUUGUUGACACUCGACUAUUUAUUUCGUAAUAAAGUAAUAGGACCAAAGAACUAAAUUAUUCCCAAAAAUGUUGGCUCUAUGCAGAAGCAGAAUCUUACAAUCAAUUCCAUCAAUCCGUACAAUUAGCACAACAGUGCGUCGUCAAGAAAUCUUUAAAAUUCAAAGUAUGGAAGAAUUCAAUGAAAAGGUGAAAAACAGCAACAAACCGGUGAUUGUGGACUUCUUUGCAACAUGGUGCGGCCCCUGUAAAAUGUUGACACCGCGCAUUGAGCUGGUGAUAGCCGAGAGUGAAGGAAAGAUUAAUUUAGCUAAAGUGGACAUUGAUGAGUACAGUGAUCUGGCAUUGGACUAUGAUGUGGCGGCUGUUCCGGUGUUAUUAGCAAUUCGAAAUGGCAAGGCUGCCGAAAGAAUAGUUGGCUUACAAGACACGGAUAAGCUCCGAAAAUUCGUUAAAGAUGUGGUCGAUAAGAAAUGAAUGGAUCGAUUGUAAACUGUAUAAGAAGAAAGUUGUUUUAGGCACACCGUUGCUGGUUGAUAUUUCGUAGAAUAAAUUUUUU